UUUUUCAAAGGGAAAAAAACACUUUUCAAGCUUUCAUUUGGAGAGUGGUGGAUCCAUCAAAAUAUGUUGUACUUGUAUUAUUUUUAGGAAUAACAUGUUCGUUCGUGUCAAGUGUCAUGGGCAGGGAAUGAAGCAUAUGCAGAGGUUGUGAGGGGUCAAUGUGGUUACACAAGAUAUCCAACAUUGUGUGGCCAAACUUUGACAAGAUUAGGAUCAAGGGAUCCAAAUGUUGAUUUUUUGUCAGUUCUUGUUAAUGAGACCAUCUCACAGACCAAGAUGCCUCCAAUUCAAUCAUUUGCCUCUAACUCCAUCUCCCCCAACUACCAACUCAUCCAAACUGCCAUGGGCACAAAGGGUCGGGAAAGGUUUACGGACAAUGAUGAAAUUGCUCUGAGUCCUCACCCGCUCUUGAUACCAUAUUGAAAACAAUAUUGAUGAGAGAAUAUUGCUUGAUGAUUUGUAUUUCUGUCAUUCCUCCCUCUUAAUAUAGGGCUUUGUACAAUGUAAUUUAGGUAGUGAAUCAUCUAUACUAAUUACAUAUCAAUCACAUACUAAUUACAUAUCAAUCACAUAUCUUUCUCCUGAUUUUUCUCUUCUCCAUUUGGUAACUUCUGUUUAUGGUAAGUUUGACAUAAAUUGGGUAGAAAAAUUACUGGAAUGUGGAGACUACUUUUACAUAUUGGUUUUAUAAUAAAAUGUGCAUGGAAUGAGUUGGUGGAAUGGAGAGUUCACUUAUCAAAUAUAGUAAAAGUGAAAUGAGACAUUUAAUGGCUGACGGACGAAAAAGAAAAAAUGAGACAUUUAAUAGACAUAAACAUCGAGUAUGACAUCUACCUCUUAUUCAGUUUAAUUGUUUAAUUAUUAUCUGCCGUCAUGUAAAGAUUAUUGCCACGAGCUCAUGGAGAUGUCUCUGAAUCGGCUGAACCAAGCAAUGGAACUAAUAAAAAAAUCUCCCAAAACCCACAAAUCCGACAUCCAAACAUGGCUGAGCGCAGCCCUCACCUUCCAAGAAACCUGCCGAGACACCAUCCAAGACGGCCACUCGCAGGCGGCCGAGAUUUACACCAAAAUCGACCAUCUCUCCAAACUCACCAGCAACUCCCUCGCCCUAGCCAACCGCAUCCCGGCGUUGUCGACGCGGAAGGGGCGGAGGCUUCUCCAAGGGGGGGAUUUCCCGGCGUGGGUGUCGGCCGCGGACAGGAAGCUGCUGCAGAGCAAUGCGGUGAAGGCGAACGCGGUGGUGGCCAAGGAAUAUGUCAAGGCCGGGACUUAUAAUGAGAAAAUUAGUACUAAUAAAGAUGGGAUCACCUUGAUUGGCGAUGGCAAAUAUGCUACCAUCAUCACUGCUGGGACAAGUGUGGGGAAGGGGGCUUCACUCAAGGGCUCCGCCACUUUUACCGUGCACGGCGACGGAUUCAUAGCUCGGGACAUCGGGUUCGAGAACACGGCGGGGCCGGAGGGGCACCAGGCCAUCGCCCUGGCGGUGGCCUCGGACCGGUCCGUCCUCUACCGGUGCAGCAUCUCGAGCUACCAAGACACCCUCUACGCCCUCUCCCUCCGCCAGUUCUACCGCGAGUGCGACAUCAGCGGAACCAUCGACUACAUCUUCGGCAACGCCGCGGCCGUCUUCCAGAGCUGCAGCCUCAUCUUCCGCCGCCCCCGCUCCGGCGCCUCCUUCAACGCCAUCCUCGCCAACGGCCGCACCGACCCAGGCCAGAACACGGGCUUCUCCGUCCACAACUGCAGGAUCACCGUGGGCUCCGACUUCUCCACUUCCAAGAGCUCCUUCGGGCUUUAUUUGGGGCGGCCGUGGAAGGCGUAUUCCAGGGCCGUCGUGAUGCAGAGCAACAUCGCCGGCGAGGUCUCCCGCCGGGGAUGGGUCGAGUGGGAGGGCUCCAGUGGCUCCACCUACAAGACGUUGUAUUUUGCUGAGUAUGGGAACAUGGGGCCCGGCGCCGCCACUGCCGGCAGGGUCAGCUGGCCCGGGUUUCAUGUUAUUACAACGCCGGAUGCUACCAAAUUUACGGUGGCUAACUUUAUCGGCGGCACUUCUUGGCUGCCCUCGGCCGGCGUCCCGUUUGACGCCGGCCUAUAAAAUAAAAAUUACUAAUACUACUAAAACUAAAACUUGAAAAUACAAUAAGAUAAAAAAAGGAACUGUAAAAAGAUACCUAGUUGUGACUACUAAAUCUGUGAUUGGGUGUGUGUUCUAUAUACUAAUUAAGUUGAUGGAAAGCAAUAAAUUUUAGUGUAGGUAAAAUUUUACUUUGGUGCGUGUACAUGGUGAUUGGUGAUGAAGAAGGGACAGUCGAUUGUAUUAGGGAUUGCUGUAUUUUACCAUAUGUUUUCUGUUGGAUUUUACUUGACAUGUACAGCAUGUUAUUUGAAAUUUCUAGUACGAAUUGUGAAACGUUCGAAUUUGUGUUCCAAGGUUACAUAA